AUGAGCAGAGGGCCCCUUCGCGACAAGUACAACGUGGAUGGUUACCCGACCAUCCUUUUCGCCACGGAUGGCGAUUUCCAGCCGUUCGGCGUCGGACGAACCAGCGCGGAGAUAGUGCGGUGGGUGAAGCGCAAGCUGGGCCUGGGUGUGACGGCGCUGGCGCCAGCCGACAUUCCCAAGGUGGUGUCGCUGCUCGAGAGCGCUGCCGCCGCCACUGCCAUCGCUUUCGUGGCCACUCUUGACCUGUGUGGUGCAUGCGCUGUGCGGUGCAUGCGCUGUGCGGUGCAUGACUGGUCCCCCCUCCUCCCCCCCCUCUCCUGCCCCACAAGCUCGUCUUCCCCUCUUGCCCCUCGGCCCCCCCACCCCCCUCCCCCUCCCACCCCUUCCCCUCUGCCCCGCCAUCACAGCAAGCAGCGUCUGGAGUUUCGCCACAAGCUGUUCGCCCUGAGGGAGGACCGAGUCAUGCCGCCCGCCACCUUCGCCCACCUCGUCAGCUCCAUCCUCUACGAGUGCAGGUUCGGACUGUACUUCAUCGAGCCUGUGAUUGCAGGCUUGGAGGACGAUGACACUCCCUUCAUCUGCGCCACUGACCUUAUCGGCGCAUAUGAGGAAUGUCCGCAAUUUGGCGUUGCAGGGACGGCAAACGAGUCGCUGUUCGGGGCGUGCGAGUCGUACUGGCAGCCGGGGCUGCAGCCAGAGGAGCUGUUUGAAACCAUCUCCCAGGCGCUGCUGGCCGCUGUGGACAGGGACGCGCUCAGUGGAUGGGGGGCUACUGUUCAUGUCAUGUGA